AUGGAUUUACUUUACUUUUUAAUAUACUUUACUAUCGGUAGUUGUACAAUUAUUUAUAUGUUUCUACGUAAAAUAUACUCCUAUUGGGAAAAACGCGGUGUUUUACACGUUAAGCCAUCAUUUUUUCUUGGAAAUUGUCAGGAAUUUGGAAAAACGAAAUCGAUUGGUCAGAUACUACGAGAAUAUUACAAUAAAUACAAAGGUUUAGCUAAAUAUAUCGGAUUUUAUUUAUUUUUACGACGUUCGUUAUUAGUGAUAGACUUCGACCUUAUUAAAAAUGUGUUAAUUAAGGAUUUCGAAUAUUUUACAAGUCGUGGUAUGUACUAUAAUGAGAGAAAUGAUCCACUAUCUGCGAAUGUAGUAUACCUGCAAGGCGAAAAAUGGCGUAAAAGUCGUAACGAACUUAAUCCGUGUUUUACAUCAGGAAAACUAAAACACAUGUUCCCCCUUGCAGUGGAUGUUUCUAAUCAAUUAAUUAAAGUUAUAAAGCAACAACAACUGUCAACUCCAAAUGAAGAUUUCGAAAUUCAUAGUCUUAUUAAUCGGUAUAUAAUAGAUGUCGCUGGAAGUAUUGGUUUUGGUUUAAACUGUAAUAGCCUGAAAAAUCCUAACGCUGAAUUCAAAAUAAUGGUACACGAGUCAUUUAAACCACCUCACAAUAUAAUAACCUUCUCAUUCAUGAGUAUUUUUCCCGAUUUGUCAAGGAAAUUGGGUAUAACAUAUUACUCCAACAAUGUUCAAAAAUUCUUCUUACGUAUUUCUAAUGAAAUGGUGAAAUUCCGGGAACAAACCGAAGUACAACGAAAUGAUAUGAUGAACUUAUUGAUUGAGUUAAAAAACUCUGAUAAAAUAGAACGUUUAUCAAUGAAUCAAAUAGCCACUCAUGCAUUUACAUUAUUGACUGGAGGUGUGGAAACAAACACAUCUGCUAUGAGCUUUUGUCUUUAUGAACUGGCAUUAAAUCAAGAUGUGCAGGAUAAGGCCAGAGCCGAAAUUAAUAAAGUUCUCACAAGAUAUGAAGAAGAAUUGACUUAUGAAGGAAUGAAUGAGAUGAAAUAUUUGCAACAAGUUUUUAAUGAAAAUUUGAGAUUGCAUUCUGUGUUUUCCCUUACGACACGUGUAUGUACAAAAGACUAUGCCAUUCCUAAUACAAAUCAUGUUAUUGAGAAAGAUACUUUAGUUAUCGUUCCUAUUGAUGCAAUUUACCAUGAUCCAGAAAUAUACCCAAAUCCAGAACAAUUUGAUCCAGAGCGGUUUUCUGCAGAUGAGGUGAAAAAACGUCAUCCAAUGGCUAAUUUAGGAUUUGGUGAAGGUCCUCGUAUAUGUGUGGGUAAAAGAUUUGGUACUAUGCAAAUCAUGAUAGGUUUGGUAAUGUUAUUAAGAAACUAUCGUAUUAUGCCUACAUCAAAAACUUGUGUUCCAAUGCAAUAUAAAUUGAACAAAUUAGUUACUGAAGCUAAAGACGGAAUCUAUUUGAAAUUAGUUAAGAUAUAGUGCAACUUUAUUAAAGCUACAUAUAUUUGGACUCGGAGUAAUAUAUGUCUGCACUGCUUGGCAAUAUAAAAUAAUCAGUAUUUUAAGUAAAGAUGCUAUGUUGCGAUUA